AUGAGUUCAACCAUGGCUAAACCAGCAUUUAAUGGCUCAUUUCCUCAACGAAAUGAUUCCUCAACAACGAAUUCUGAGUUUUCUGGAUCUCAACAUAGUCUUCGGUCUAAUGAAGAUAUAAAUUCCAUUUUACAACCAGCGACACGUUUUGCUUUUGCCGACUUAAUAACUUCCAUCCUUCGAUUAGAUUUUUGGAAUGAAAAUGAUCCACAUUCCAUAUUUUUCUGCAAAGUCGCCUUCCAGACGAUCAUUGCAAUCAUGGAUUUACCCGAUAAAACUAUAAAAACUUUAAAGCUUAAUCUUGAGGAUGAACAGAUGAUAGGAGACAUCACUGAAAUGAUAACUUCCAUAAAAGCUGAUCCACUUGUUAAAGAAAAUGGCUCAUUACAACUCAUAGGAUCAGUCAUUUUAUCGGUUCUACAAUCAGGUAAUUAUGACAGUCGGUAUAGAGUGCUUCUUAGGCAUUUAGCAACGCUUCUAGCUGUGUCCUGGGAUGAUGUGGAAGAAUUAGAAGAUUCUCUAGUGGGCUCUUCUAUCGACGACGAAUAUGUUGAAUCAGAGCGAAGUGAUGAUAUAAAAACGUAUUCCCGAAAAGCCCGUGAAUCGAAACAAAGAAAUAAAAAAAUUAAACGAUAUCUUCUCAUUGGAGCAGCUGGUGGAGUUGGAGGCGUAUUAAUAGGGCUGACUGGAGGGCUGGCAGCUCCCCUUGUUGCAAGUGGAGUAGGCGCUUUGCUAGGAACUGGCACUUUAGCCGGGCUGACAACAGCAGCUGGAGCUGCAGCUCUGGGAACUUCGUUUGGUAUUGCUGGAGCAGGGCUAUCAGGAUAUAAGAUGAAAAAACGGGUUGGUGCCAUCGAAGAGUUUUCAGUGGAGUCUUUAACGGACGGCUCUAGUCUACACUGUGUGUUGGUAGUUAGUGGCUGGAUCGACAGGGACACGACACCGGAAACUGCUUUCGUUCAUCAAUGGAGACAUUUAUGUCAUUCUCGAGAACAAUAUACUUUACGAUAUGAAAGUAAAUAUUUAACGGAAUUGGGGAAUGCGAUCCAGUACAUGAUGGGCUUUGCUGUGUCUGUGGCCAUUCAACAAACUUUAAUGGAAACAGCCUUAGCCGGUCUAAUGACAGCUGUGGCUUGGCCUGUAGCCCUACUGUCAUGUGCUUCCGUUCUCGAUAAUCCAUGGAACGUUUGCAUUGCGAGAGCGGCAGAGGUUGGAGAACAUCUAGCUGAAGUUCUUCUGAGUCGAUCUCAUGGGAAACGCCCCAUAACUUUGAUUGGAUUCAGUCUGGGAGCCCGUGUAAUAUUUCACUGUUUAUUAGCUUUGAGUAAGCGAGUGGAAAGUGUCGGAAUAAUUGAAGACGUCGUGCUACUAGGAGCUCCAGUUACUGCUUCACCUAAGCAAUGGGCUCAACUGAGUACAGUAGUUGGUGGCCGAAUCAUAAAUGGAUAUUGUGAAACAGACUGGCUGCUACGGUUUUUAUAUCGCACAAUGAGUGUUCAGUUUCGGAUUGCAGGGACAGGCCCGAUUGACAAUAAAGAAAACAAAAAGAUCUACAAUUAUAAUCUGAGCCACAUUGUUAAAGGGCAUAUGGAUUAUGCUCGAAGGUUAACGGAAGUCCUUAAUGCUGUCAGCGUUCGUGUCGGUCCACAUUCAGAGGAUUCCGUAAUUGAUUUAGCUGAACUGAGUUAUUCCGCUGAAAAUAUGACAAAGGAAGCACAAGAUAAAUCAAAUGGGAAAUUGACUGAAGAUGUUAUAAGUAAAAUAGAUGAAGUUCAUAUAAGUGAUGAUCAUAAGCCAUGUCUCUUCACUCAAAAUGAUUCCAGCUCAUCUAUCUCUGAUGAAAAUACGAGUAUGUGA